AUGAAAGAAACAGAAAAGACAGUCAAGGAGUAUACCAAUUUAUUAAAUUCAACCUUUUACAUUAUAUGGACAUAUUUCGAAAGUCUCAUCACUCCAGUUGAAAAAUAUUUUCACUCGUCAUUAUACUCAACAUUGCCUUUUCAAUCCCACUACACCGACACUCUUCACUGUCCCAAUCACGUCUUACUUCCAAAUCAAACGUUCAUGAAAACUUGUUCACAAAUCGAGAUUGCCACAAUUAUACUCCAUAGUACACGCACAUUGUCGGUAAUUUUGAUGUUUCCCUGGAUCCAAUGGUGGAAUCCGGAGAUGAGCCUGACCGGAGCAGAGAUAGUGGUCCACACCGACGGGACCGAGGUAUCAUUGACGAACCUAAAAGUCUCGGCCAGCAAGGCUGGCGACAGUCGAAAGCGGACGAGACGCUACGGCUUCGACUACUGCUUUAACUCCGCCACCCUGGACUCCGAGGGACACGCGACCCAGGAGAAGGUCUACGAGAGCCUCGGCACUUCCGCUCUCGACGCGCUUUUCUCCGGAUUCAACGCCUGUCUCGUAGCCUAUGGACAAAGCGCGUCCGGCAAAACUUAUACCAUGAUGGGUCCCAAGAACGAUCCUGGACUCACACCGAGACUCUGCGAGGGCCUUUUUUUCCGGAUAUUCGAGGAACAGCAGAAGGGAAAUUACUAUGAUACCGCGGUCAGCUAUCUCGAGAUCUACAACGAGAGGGUGAGAGAUCUGCUGAAACCAUCAACGAAUUCCAGUGGGCUCAGAGUUCGCGAACAUCCCAGACUGGGACCCUACGUCCAAGGACUGACUCGUCAGACGGUGUCCACCCUGGGUUCGUUGAUGUCGUGGGUAGAGGAGGGCACAAGAGCGAGAAAGACUGCGUCAACGACACAGAACGCGACGAGCAGCAGAAGCCACGCGUUGCUGACGGUAUCUUUGACGUCCAGGUCCGAGAAUAGCAACUCCACUGCGGGUACCAGCAGUGGCAUAGAAAAGAAGCAGCACAGUGGUCGAGGGGCUCGACUUCAUUUGGUGGACCUGGCCGGUAGUGAGAGGGCCGGAAAUAGUAAUUACGGUCUCCAUCGGCUCAAGGAGGGUGCGAACAUCAACAAGAGUCUCGUGGCCUUGGGUAACGUGAUAUCAGCACUCGCGGAUAGGGGUACCACUGGAAUUGGACCUGGACGAAGGUUCAUCCCCUACAGGGACUCCGCGCUUACCUGGAUCCUUAAGGAUGCCCUUGGUGGCAAUGCUACUACUAUCAUGCUCGCCACGAUAUCGCCGGCCAGCGGAAGUUACAACGAGACAGCCCACACUCUACGCUUUGCCCAUAGGGCUCAGAGCGUGAUCAAUCGUCCGGUGGUCAACGAGGACCCAGUGGCCAGGGUGAUCAGGGAGCUUAGAGCCGAAAUCUCUAGGCUAACAUCGUUGCUAUCCGAAAAGCAGGUCGUCGGAGAAUCCGGUACCUUCUGCUGCUGCAAGCAGAAAACGGCAGCGGAAGCGUUGUUGGAGAAUGCAGAGAGAGGUGAAGAGACGUCCGAGGAGAAACCAGACAUCAGGAGCAAACCAAUCGAAGUUGUUCACAGGACCUCUUCACGACUCGGUUCGGGGUCGACUUUGCACCGUAAAUACAGCUCGGAGGAAAGUUUAUCAUCUAAGCGUCCCCAAGAGGACAAGUCAAGUUCCCCACCGUGUAGAUUUGGCUCCUUGAAAUCCUUGAGCAGUUCGGAAGAGGGGAUCGAUCCUCAGAAGGAUCAGGACCGCACGACGAUCUCAACCGUUAGUUACGACCGCGUGGACGCCUUGGCUCUGGUCGACAUUCCCACUCUCGUAGCGGUGCUUAUAAAGCCUGAAGACGACCAGAGUGGACCGGUACAGAUAGAGGAAAUCACAGGUGAAAACAUCCUCGAAAGUUCGGUCGACGUCGACGCAGGUGACCUCGAAGAGCUGGCAUCGCGUUCGAUCGAAAACCUAGUCGAUAGAGUUCCAAACUUCCUAGCGGAGGGGAACGAGGUGGGAUUAAAAAAUUUUGGAUCAGAAGAGGUAUACGCUAAGCAGCCGAACGCUACGGACUCAGCAGAAAAUAAGAAGUCAGGGGGUUUGAACACCUCGAAGAAGUUUGGCUCCUCGGAGAGUUUCGCUUCCUCCGGAAAGGGUGCGGGGAGGAUCGGACUGGGUCAAAGAUCGUACACGAACCUGCAUUUGGACAAGGGAAAGUCGCAGGUGGGCGUCACAAGCCUUGGAGGAAAGGUCAAGCGCACGUGGAGUCCUCGAGGUUCGAUCACGCCAGGCUCACCAAAAAAGUUGGAGUCGGACAAGGACGUUCAGAGACAGAAGUCGUCGAAGGAGGUGGGCCAGCAGAGGAUCUGGAACAACCCGCCACGUAAACAGGAGCCUGAGAGUCCUAAGCGGAGGGUAAGCAAGGACGAAUCCGCGUUGACGUCGGCCUUGAAGACCACGAGAAAGGGGUCGGUUGGAAGUGAGGUGCCCUGCAGGACCUCGACGCCGAUCCAGAGGACCAACAGGAGGGCGAAGAUCGUUGCCGCGGUCACGGAGAGGCUUUAUUCGACGAAGAAACCUUCGGAAGAAACCCUGGCUGCUAGUCAAGGGACGGAGUUCAGGUCGCGGGAGGGCUCUGAAGUGAAACUGGCCAACGCGACGCGGAUGAAGCUUCAGGAGAUAUCGCGGAAGAUGCUGGCCAAGCGGAGGAAGACCUGCGCCGACACCCAGACCGACGUUGCGUCCACAGUUCGUGUCAAGGACACUGCAUCUCUCACGGAUGACCCCAAGGUGGAGACCAAAGACGCGGCAGUCACCACUGACUUGAGUGAAGACUGCCAACAAACUGGGACUGAAUUCUUGCCAGUCUUUCCAGUCACGAGAGUCAAGGAGAUGGCCACUUUGACCGAAAGGUUCUCCAAAACAGUGCGUUGCAGAGACGCUGGAGUGGUCACCGAGGAUCGUGACUUUGACGCAACCUCUGACGAUGACACUCUGGAAACUUGGGCGUUUCCACGAAAGCCAAGCUACGCGGAGAACUCGACGAACACAACAGCGGAGUUUUCGCAGACUAGAUUUUGUGCCGCGUCGCAAACCUGUACUGAACGUCCUUUACACUGCUCAAAAAAGUUGGCUGAUUGUCACAAAGGAUUUAACGUUUGUCAUGGCCCACAAGAGUGCUGUCAUCAGGUUAAUUCAAAUCCAGUUUCCUGCGGUGUGGAGCGCAGCGUGAUUUCCAUCACCUUACCGGAUAUGCUGAGCAUCACUAUAGAGUCCCCAAAUUUGCUCGAUUCUAAAAUUGCAGUGACGGAAGCGAAUGCCUCUUCGAUGGCCGAGGAAAAGGUUUCAGCCAGGGUCAGGGACGACGAAACAGAGAACAAAGGUCAGGGCAAGUCUCCGCGCGUGGUGGAUGAGGAUUUAAAAACGAGCCACAUUCUGCCUGCUGAAUCGUUGCAGACUGUCGCAACGCGGUCAGCGUCUUGCCAGAGCGAUGGAAGGACUUUCAGGAUCGAGAACAUCUUCGAAGAUCCGAAAAGCUGCGCUAAGGUCAAUGACCGCUGCGUGGCAGCUGAACUAAUGCCGGAUUUGACCGAGCACAUUACUCCGAAGACAUCGCUGAAACUGACGAAUUCUGUGGGAACAUCUUUCGGUCCAGAAACAAGCGAGAGGAGCACCGAAAUCGAGGGGAUGAAUUUCUUCGACGCAAAGAUCGCCUGGCAGUCAAGGCGAGACACGUGUUGGCGAAAACUUAGGACUGAAGACCUCAAGUUCUUUGAUACCACAUCGAGAAAACUACCCUCACAUUCUGUCUUGACUUCGGCCAGUGACGCCAAGUACAAUUUGCUGAAACCCAGCGCGAAGCUCGAUGCUGAAGAGCUAAAGUCGCCACUUCUAGUCGCUAAAAUGCUUGCGAAUAGCGGUAUCGACGCUGAUUCAAGCUUCUCUGACGACAGUCUAGACCCGGAAGAAACGCGCGGAAAAAGCACGUUGAGAGUAGACGAAGCUCUCUGCCCCCCGGACGUUGUAGCACAUACGAAAAAGGAGCCAUACGAGUCUCGGAUCGAGGAAGAUUUCGCUGAGGAGGCGAUCGAAUUACCAAGGUUGAUGGUAUCGGCGGUCGACACCUCUCGGGUUCACGAUUACGAGACUCUAGUCCUGGGCAGAAGCUGCUUCGUCCCGAUUGUCGGAGAAUCGGGUGACAUAAGCCGGAUCGAGACUCCGGAGAGCGAAGAGGGCUGCAGGGGUAACCUGAAGAAGAAGGUUUCCUUUUCAAACUCGAAGCCGUCCAGCCGGCCGCGCGGAAGCGAGGCUCGCAGACCGAAGCCGAUAAUAAAGAACGCGCUUUCGUCGGACAGUGAUGGUUUGAUGGACAAGACGCUGAAGAUGAACGCCUCGACGCCGCAGGACUGCAGUGCGAGCGAGGCCAGCUUCAGGGACGACAUAUCCUCCAUUUCCGAAAGCUCGGAGACGGUCAGGUCUGGGCCGCUCUACAACUCAGACGAGGAAUCCGACGCUGUGCAGGCAAAGCGUAACGAUUUGGAUAUGAAGAGGGUCAGGUUCACGCCGUUGUUGUUCGGUGAGCGUGGGGAGUCGGGGACCAGCGAUUCGGAUGGGUGUGAAAACGCGGUGGUUAGCGACGAGGAUGGUCCAUGCUGUGGCGCGAGGAUGGAAGUGUUCGCUUCGUACCUCGACGAGGCCACCGCCUUCGUCCACAACAUGAACACCAUGAACGAGUUCUUCGGCGCGAGUAUGACGUUCCACAACGCCGGAGACGAGGACUUUAUCGAGUACCAAGGUCGACGAGUCAGUCUGAAGGACGACACGGACGAGUACCUGAAGCAGGAGGAAUUCAACGUCCCGAUAGACUCGUAUAGAAACUGCCUUAGGGGUAUUGAGAAGCUGGAGAACUGCAUAGAGAACGCGGUCCAGCACGAUAAGUUCCUCUUCGAGAAGUACGGCCUCAGUUUGGAGUCUGCUGCUACUAGCUUCAAUCUAGUAGACUCAGGCCAGACUCCGUUUCAUCGUCCGGAACACCUCAGCUCCAGUUUCGAGGAGCUCGCCUGUGUCAGUGAUGAAGAGACGCCAUCUUCCAGCCCGAAAAAGCUCUCGAGUGACGUCGAGACCAGGAUAUUCCAGCAGUUGAUGGAAGCGACGAGCCCCCGACGUCUCGCCAGGUCAGCGAAGCCCUACUUUCGGCGGUCCACGCGGGUCUCCGACCUUAGGGUGAAGAGUCCGAGGCCACGAAGAAGGCACCGUGACCCAGAGGAACCGAAGGUCCUGUGGCGGCCCGGUGACCUCGAGGCUCCAAGAUGUUUCCUAGCGGUUCCAGAAGCGGGGAGGGAGUCUUCCGGAAGGGAAUAUCGCAGCGAUGGUGGGACCAGUUCCAGCGAUCAACUCGAUGCCAGUUCCGAGUCCAUCGACACCGUGGCCAGCGUCAGGAACGGGUUCAGGUACCCAGGAAGCCCGAGAGCGAAGUUGAUGCAGCUCGUCAGCGAACGUCGGCAGAUUGUUCAUCGUAGCAGAAGCGAGGCACCGAGUCCACGUUAAGAUGCUUCGAGGUCAUUCCCUGCAACGUCACGGAAAUGGAGCUGGGGUUGUGAGAAUUACGUUGUUUAUUCAGCGAAGAAGAGAUUUGAGUGUGUCUCGCUUAAACACGUUUCACAGUGUGCGUUCCAGCCGCAUGCGAGAACUUGUACAGAAUGAUGAGAUUAUAUAUUACUGAGUUCAAAUACUGCUCGAUGUAUAGUGUAUCUGCUAUUCGCAAAACUCGUGCCUUAUUUUUAGAUUAUAUUAUAUUAUAUUAUAUUAUCGUAUGUUUGUGUGUGUUUCUG